AGGAAGGAUGUGCGAAUGCUACGCCUUAUCCAGGAAGUGAAUACCACAACGCGAUCCUGCAUACUGUGGGACCUAGAGGAGGACACUGAGUACACCGUCCACAUUCAGUCCAUCAGCCUGACAGGCGUUAGCCCGGCCAGUGAGCCCAUCUCCUUCCGGACCCCAAAGGAAGCCGAGAAAUUGGCCUUGAAAGGUAACAAUGAAGUGACAACGAAGAUGCUACAGAGACGAUAUACACAAUUACGGACUGGCGAGAUGAUCAUCAUUGUGGUUGUUCUGGUCAUGUGGGCAGGUGUCAUAGCUCUGUUUUGUAGGCAAUAUGAUAUCAUCAAAGACAACGAACCUAACAACAAUAAGGACAAAGCCAAGAGUUCUUCAGAAUACAGCACUCCAGAGCACCCGACGGGAGGGCUGUUACGCAGCAAGUUUCCGAAGAACAAGCCUUCUGUAAAUAUCAUUGAAGCCUGAUGCUCUGCGGCCAAGAGGAUGCUCCAAAAAACCCACUCUAACUUUCCCUUGGGAGGAAGCAGCCAGCGUCGGAAUGCUCCGAACACCCUGCUUCAUAAACAGAAUUAAAAGCACACAUUAAGCAAGAUCUCCUAAAAGAAGAUCAUCUUCAAAAAGUCACGACAUACUUUAAUUCCUCAACUGUGGAAAAGACCCAAAGGUCCUGAUCAUUUUGUACUCUGCAACUAAAGGUAAUUUAACCAACAUUUCACCUCUACCUUCCCGUGAAAGGAGACUCUGCUACGGAAACAAACAUUUAGAAUUACCGGCGUGGCUUUGAAGUUCACUCACUGACGGUUCAUUGGACGAAAUAUUAACUAUUGACAAGAGCGGUUGUGGAAAUGUGACCUACCGAUGACAUGCAGACCUUUAAGGAGAUAUUUAGCAUCUUUAAAGGUACAACGAGGAAGGUAAUUUUGACGAUAAUUACUAAGGUGAUAUCACUUCAUGAUCUAAGUAUAAUGAAGGGCAGCUUCUCUACAAGGAGAAUGGCAGAGCAACUUUUGAUGUCCCUUUAUUGCAAAGAUUAUUAUAUUUCUAUUUCCAUAAUCAAUUAUAUUAAAUCUCCGUUUUGCUCAUGAAUUUUUUUUUGACUUGCAAGCUGGAUAUUUCCUAUAGCAUAUGGUCUGUACUAUGAAAUUAAUCUACAAAGAAGUAGCACUUUCUUAUCUUUCCAACCAUUUGUUUGCCCAUGAACCAUUAACACCAAACAGCACAAAACACUUUCACUAUUUUUCAAAAAUUUAUCCAACAGGGCACCUUUAAAAAUAGAGACGACCAAACUCUUAAUUACAAAAUAAUAGACAAAUUGAGAAUGUUCUUUUAACUUUUUCAUUGUAGCCGAAGCUGUAUCAAACUUAGAAGCAGUGAAGACUUGGUAAAAGCAUUCUGAACUCUUUCUAUGAUAAAAAUUGUGGUCACAGUUUAGAGUGGGAUUAAAACGAUUAGGGCUAUAGAACCUAUUUGCUUUUACACCACGUCUCUAAUGUACAGAUUGAUCUUGAAAUACGUACACGUUUUUCUUUGAAAAAGGAUCCAGUGCUUUUUCUUUUUCUUUA